GAUUUCUAGAGGCAAUGUUUGUUUUUUCAACUUAAUGAUGUCUACCAUGGGAAUUCUUACUAAGUAUACCUGUUAAGCUUUCAAGCUACCACUAUAACGCUGCUAUGCAAAGCAAUUGUAACGGUGUUUACCGGCAAUCAUUUAAUUCGUCUCAGGUUUCAGGCUGCAAUCUAGAGUGAAUUCUUGUGCACUACUUAGCUGUACAGAGGAAGGGCUAGCAACCCCUUCCUGUAAAGUAUACAAUCAUGUACCCUGCUACUGAAACAGCAAGGACGCCUGCUGCCGCAAGGCACUAUGAGGGUCUGAACGAAUGAACGAACGAACAAUAACAUCUGUAACUGCUAAAUACCCGAAGUGAUUCUGAAGAAACCUUGAAACUCUAAAUUUCAAACAACAGCCAUAGUCUCACCAAAAAGAGUUGGUAAAAAACAAAAAAAAAGUUUGCUAUAAUGAUUGUUCACGUCUCGCCGUUAUUAAACGUAGCGUUCUUUUGAUGGUGACACCUUCUAGCCAACCCAUUGAAGACGCUUGUUGCCUCCAAUGGCAAGUUUGCGCUGGACUUGUACAAGAAGCUGACCAGCCAGUCUGACGGGAACAUGUUCGUGUCUCCUCUGAGCAUCUCCACGGCUCUGGCUAUGACGUAUCUUGAGCUGACCCUCCACAAGACGUUUGCUAAACUGACGGAGACCACGUCGACCAACAUGACGUCAUACACGCUGUCCAUGGCAAACCGACUCUUCGUGCAGGAGGACUUUGACGUGCUGCAGACCUACAUAGACGGCAUGAAGCAACACUACGGGGCGGAAGUUGGCAGGGUCGACUUUGGAGACAGCAAGGUUGCCAGUGACAUGAUCAACAACUGGGUUGAGGAGAAGACCCAGCAGAAGAUCCAGGACCUGAUCAGUGAGGACAUGCUGAACGACCUGACCAGGCUGGUCCUCGUCAACGCCCUGUACUUCAAGGCCAAGUGGGACAACGAGUUCAACCCCUUCGACACGGAUGACCGUCCCUUCUUCAGGACGGAGGAGGACAGUGUGGAUGUACCGAUGAUGCACAGAAGCGGAAAUCACCACAUCUUGUUCGACCCGGAGGUCGGCUGCAGUGUGCUGGAGUUACCGUACAAGCAGAGGGACCUGAGCAUGCUGGUCAUCGUGCCGACCGAGAAGGAGGGGCUGAGGCAGGUGGAGGACAAAAUCACCAUGGACACGCUCCGGGGAUGGAGAAACGCCUUGAACAACACGUUUUCUCUGGUGUACCUGCCCAAGUUUAAGCUGGAGUACUCCGUGAGUCUGACGGACCACCUGAAGCAGAUGGGAAUAGAGGACCUGUUCGACUCCAGGCUGGCUGAUCUGUCCGGACUGACCGGAGGCAGGGACUUACACGUGUCUGAGGUCGUGCAGAAGGCGUUUGUAGAGGUGAACGAGAAAGGCAGCGAGGCGGCCGCGGCAACCGGUGUUGUGGUCCGGCUCUUGUCCGCCGACUCCUGGCUUGAAACUCCGCCCACAAUCCGGGCCGACCGCCCCUUCCUCUUCCUCAUCCGGGACAACCGCAACGACUCCAUUCUCUUCAUGGGCAGAGUCACUGACCCCACCGGGGGCAAGGAGUGACGGAGUAGAGCGUCAUGAAAACAAGAAAGGCAACUUGAUAGAGUAAUGAUGAAAAUAAAUACUCACAGAGACAGAAAGCCGUUACCGUUAUCGUGCAAGUCACACGGAAUUUCCUCACUUAGAAAUGACCCUUUUCUGAAUACAUAGUAUAUAAUCUUAAAUCAACUGUCUACCGUGUGCUCUUUGGUAGGAUAAAUUGCUUUUAUUGAAUUGUCAUGGCAGAAGCAGAAAAGGGAAAAAAAGAAGAACAUGCCAGAAAAACAAUAUGUUUUCCCUGUCCGGACCACUGACAACCGUUGAAAACUGUUAAAGCGCCAGUGAAAUAAAAUUUCCUCUCUCA